AAGUUGCAAAAGUGUGAAUUUCUCAAUUCAUAGAACCGGGCUGUCUUGGUUUCAUUUAUUCUGAAGAAUACAGUCGUAUCAGCUUCUUUUCCAAAAGUGUUGAAACCUUACCUCCGAGCGGCUUCUCAGGCGCGCAGUGGGUGGGAUGGAUAGGAGGAGGUGGGGGUGCGCACACAGGAGGCGGACCUAUGCUGCGACCCCCACAGCCUUGCUUCAACAUGGUUUUACUAUACCGACCAUUUCCCAAAGCACACUUUCUAGCCGCCGCGCAGGAGACAGAAUAAACGCCUGUGCGUAAAAACUGCCCCUCACCAGGAAAACAUUAAAGAUAAAAGAAACGGAAACAGCUCCUUAUAAUAUCCUGGAACAUCAUUUGGAAUUGGGCAGGAAUCUUCUAAGAACAGCAUUUGAAAUUCAAGAUCUGAAGCCCUCCUCCAUUGAACAAACACAGGCGAUAGAGAACUGGAUAUUUCUGGAAAGAUGGAGCCUGCUGAGUCAGAGAUGAACAUAUUAUCCAACGGGAAAACCCAUGACCUCGGAGAUGACAUGAAUGUGCCAAUGAAGACGUUGUUAGCAGAGGAUCAAAAUGGCACUGAAAAUCUAAGAUUUGAUGACCCAGAAGGAGCGCUUGAGAGUGAAGAGUUUCUUCCCAGCACACAUGGAAAGAAGCCCACACGUUUUACAGAUUUUGAAGGAAAGACCUCCUUCGGCAUGUCAGUCUUUAACCUUGGCAAUGCGAUUAUGGGCAGCGGCAUCUUAGGAUUGGCAUAUGCCAUGGCUAACACGGGGAUUCUUCUCUUCUUGUGAGUACAUACUUUUAUAUU